AUGCGGUACGGCUCCCUCGCCUCGGACUCUCCGCCUGCCGUGCGACGGCUCGUCGCCUGGCUGGCCAUGACGACACCGCCGACGCCGCUCGACCUCAGCGGCGACGGCGGCUGUCUGAUGACGACGCUGCGAGAGCCACUCCCAACCGCGGCGCGCGCCUCGGCGGGCGUCUACGCGACGGUGCGCUUCCGCGCCGCGCUCGCCGACGGCACCGUGCUGCACGACUCGUGGGAGGGCGAGGCGCCGCCUCUGCAGGUGCGGGUCGGCGCGGAGCCGUCGGACGCUGCGCUCGGGUGGGACCUUGCGCUGCCUCGGAUGCGGGUGGGUCAGCAGGUGCGGCUCGAAUGUGGGCCGUCGUACGCGUACGGCGAUGCGGGCGCCCCUCCGCUCAUCCCUCCCAGCUCGCCCGUCACCUUCGAGCUCGAGCUGCUCAGCGUGCGCGACCUGAUGAGCAGCCACAACCCGGACGAGGCGGCCUGGGCCGACGGUGGCGGCGGCGAGCGUUCGCCCGCGCCAGAGGCUCCACCAGACGGUGCAGCGGAGGCAACGCCAAACCCGGCGCAAGCGGACGCCCCGACCGCCUCAGCGGCAGCCGCGGGUGCCGCCGCCACCCCGCCAGCAACGCCGCCACCACCCGCCGCCGCAGCAGCUCCGCCCGCCGCCGCGGCAGCUCCGCCCGCCGUUGCGCCGCCGGCCGCCGCCGCCGCACCGCCCGCGGCGGCCGGGCGGAGCGCGUGGGUGGACGAGGGGCGUCAGAUCGAGGGGAGGCACGUGAGUGGGUACUCGUGGGUGGAGACGGAGGGGGAGAUCGAGAUCUCGUGCCCUCUGCCGGCCGGGGGCCGCGCCGCCGACGUGCGGUGCGAGAUGGAGUCGCGCCGGCUGGCGGCUUGGUGCGGCUCGGUGCAGACGCUGCUCGAUGGGCCUCUCUCGGGCCGAAUCGACGUGGAGGGUUCCGGCUGGAGCGUCGAGGGUGGCGGGGGAGAGGCGGGGGAGGCGCCUCCGAUGCUGCUCAUCUCGCUGCGCAAGCACGCGCCGGGGGGGAGGCUGUGGGGCUACCCGCUGUACGAGGCCGAGCUCGUGGAGGGCGAGGCGGCGACGGAGGACGAGGAGGGGCUGCAGCCAGACGAGCCGGGGCUGGGCAGCUUUGGGGCGCCCGGUGUCACGUGGGCGGAAGACGGUAGUGCGUGA